GGACACCUUCGCCGGAUUAAGAGUGUCACACCGAAACACCGUUUCCUUUGCUUAGCUAGCCAGUAGCACAUCGAAGCAGCUCGUUAGCGAGAGCGGCUCUUCUAAGUCGUUGUGUAAUAAUUAGCAUGAAUUUUUUAAGUGUUGUAAUCUAGCUAGCGCACCAGAGAAACUAAACCAAAAUGAAUAUACGAAACGCCAGGCCAGAGGACCUUAUGAAUAUGCAGCACUGUAACCUACUUUGUCUGCCAGAAAACUACCAAAUGAAGUACUACUUCUACCAUGGAUUGUCCUGGCCGCAGCUUUCAUACAUUGCAGAGGAUGAAAAUGGCAAAAUAGUGGGUUAUGUACUGGCAAAGAUGGAGGAAGACCCAGAUGAUGUUCCACAUGGACACAUUACAUCUCUGGCAGUAAAGCGCUCCCAUCGACGACUGGGUCUUGCUCAGAAGUUGAUGGACCAGGCUAGUCGAGCCAUGAUUGAGAACUUCAAUGCCAAAUACGUAUCGCUUCACGUUCGCAAAAGUAACCGGGCAGCCCUGCACUUGUACUCAAACACACUCAAGUUCCAGAUCAGUGAAGUAGAGCCCAAGUACUACGCGGACGGUGAGGAUGCCUACGCCAUGAAGAGGGACCUAGCCCACAUGGCAGAUGAGAAUUGUAAUGUCCCUUAGCUGAGAAAGCCCGGCCCCCGCCUGCCGGGUCAGGAGGCGCCGUCAGCUUCUGGCGACCCGGAGAGGGAAAACGAGAGGGACAGCGGCGGAGAAAGUAAAGAACUGAGUGAAGUCAGCGAAGCUACCGAAAGUACGGAUGUCAAAGAUUCAUCUUCGGAUUCCCAAUGACGCUUGUAGGCCAUUUUUUUUUUUUUUUUUUUUUUUUAAGGAAAGAAAAGAAGACAAAUAAAAUCAGCUUUUUUA